AUGGAUAGAGAACAAGAAGAGAUGCAAUUCUUAGGCCUCUUUGAUAUCUACAUAGAAGCCUACAAACUUAUCUACAGAUGGAGGAAAAUAUUCAGCCAAAUCACCCUAUCUUUGAUCCUUCCUAUGUGCUUCAUCAUCUUAGCUCACAUGGAAAUUUACCAUCUUUUCUUCUCUGACCUUAAACACUCUGAGUUUCAGCUCCUACACACUCACACCGGCACGGCGAAAUACAACAAGAUCUCUGAUCACAUAAACUCAGAGCUAGCCUCUCUAUGGCUUUUCAUAAUUGUCUACAUCACUUUCCUCAUCAUCUUCUCCCUUCUUUCAACCUCUGCUGUGGUUUACACAAUCGCAUGCAUAUACACUUCACGUGAAGUCAAUUUCAUGAAAGUUAUGAGUGUUCUGCCUAAAGUUUGGAAGAGAGUUAUGGUCACUUUCUUGUGUGCUUUUGUUUGUUUCUUCAUCUACAACCUUGUUGCCUUCUUUGCCCUAGUUAUAGUGUCAAUAUGGGCUUUCGGCAUGCAGGGAGAAAAUGAUGGUCUUGUUAAGUUUGUUCUCGUGAUCAUGGCGAUUGUUUAUGUCCUUGGAUCCGUGUACCUUUCAGUUAUAUGGCAUUUAGCUAGUGUAGUAACUGUGUUGGAGGAUUCAUAUGGGGUGAAAGCCAUGCUUAAAAGCAAGGAAUUGUUAAAGGGGAAGAUGACAAUAGCCUUAGUUUUCUUUUUCAAGUUCAAUCUUUCACUUGGUAUCCUAAACUUUAUUUUCAAGAAGUUUGUGGUACAUGGACAUGGGAAGCAUAUGCAUCUAGGGAUGUUGUAUAGGACAGGAUUUGGGUUGCUUUGUCUUCUUAUGAUGUUCAAGUUGGUGUUACUUGGUUUGGUGAUACAAACAAUUAUUUACUUUGUUUGCAAGUCCUAUCACCAUGAGAACAUUGACAAAUCUGCACUUUCUGAUCAUCUUGAAGUUUAUUUGGGUGAGUAUGAACCUUUGAAGUCCAAAGAUGUUCAAAUGGAGGGUUAUGAAGUUUAA